AUGGAGGACAGUAAAGGCAGUGAUGACGAAUUGAACAUUAGUCCCGCUUUUCCCAUAGAUGACGUGAAUACCGACCAAGAGGUAAUACAAUACCUCCAGGGUGUGCGGAGUGAAGCAAGCGCAAUGAACCAUAUAUUGUAUCAUGAGAGAGAGGACCAUAUAAUCGUUCAAGAUCAUCAUACUCCAAUACAUAGUGAGCCUACUGUAACAGAUGUCAAAUUUCACACUUGGUCAACUCAAUUGAUUCACAAUUUCAAAGUGUUAAAAGAGAGAAUACGGACUCAAGACCAAAACACUAUUUCCUACGAUACCAUAUACUCGCUCAAAUGGAAGACUGCAUUCAAAAACUCUCCUCCUGAUAUCAAUUACUUUGUCUAUGCGUUGGACAGAAAGCUAUGUUUUGAUAUAUUAGUAGAAUUGACAAAGAGACUAAGCAUCACAAUGAAAGAGACUUUUGGCCAGUGGUUAUGGAAAGUGUUUUUGAAGCUUGAUAAUAUCUUGGAAGCUAGUGAGUGUGCAAUAUUACGAGACUUGGCCAAGACUGCAAUAAAGUUGAAGUCGAAAUUGGACGAAAGUACAACAGUCGCAAAUUCAAUCGCUGGUUAUACUUUUGAUAUGAUUAUUGCAAUUGUGGGGUUGUACUAUGGACAAUCUGAUCUAUUGCAAGGAUGA